AUGGAUGGGAGAUUUAGGGACAAGAAAGAGACAGCAGAGCCUGAGGCAGAUCCUGAAAGGGAUCAGAGGACUGUUUUUGCAUACCAGAUGCCCUUGAAGGCAUCAGAGAGGGAUGUUUAUGAAUUCUUCUCAAAAGCUGGCAAGGUAAGGGAUGUUCGUCUUAUCAUGGAUAGGAACUCAAGACGAUCUAAAGGAGUUGGGUACAUUGAAUUUUAUGAUGCAAUGUCCGUGCCAAUGGCAAUUGCUCUCUCUGGCCAACUUCUUCUGGGACAACCUGUAAUGGUCAAACCUUCUGAGGCUGAGAAGAACCUUGUCCAAUCUAAUACUACUAGUGGAGCUGCUGGGGUUGUAGGACCAUAUGGAGCUGUGGACAGGAAGCUGUAUGUGGGGAACCUUCACUUCAACAUGACAGAGAGUCAAUUGAGAGAGAUUUUUGAGCCAUUUGGUCCAGUGGAGCUUGUGCAACUGCCUCUUGACUUAGAGACGGGACAUUGCAAGGGCUUUGGGUUUGUUCAAUUUGCCCAUCUUGAGCAUGCCAAGGCUGCUCAGAGUUUAAAUGGAAAACUGGAAAUUGCUGGCAGGACUAUAAAGGUUUCAUCUGUAACAGAUCAUGUCGGAAACCAAGAUACAACUGCAAAAUCUGCAGACUUUGAUGAUGAUGAAGGUGGAUUGGCUUUAAAUGCCCAGUCAAGAGCAUUGCUUAUGCAGAAACUGGACCGCUCUGGCAUUGCCGCAAGUAUUGGUCUGCCCGUUGUGAAUGGGUCAGCUCCUGCUCAACAGGCUAUUAUGCCUAUUGGUAAUCCAGGUAUAAUACCAGCACCAGCUGUCCCAACGCAAAUUAUGCCUACCCCAGUAAUUGAACCUGUUGGAAAUCCCAGUGAGUGUUUACUUCUAAAGAAUAUGUUUGAUCCAAACACUGAGACAGAGCCAGAUUUUGAUCUAGACAUUAAAGAGGAUGUGGAAGAAGAGUGUUCCAAAUAUGGACGGGUGAAGCAUAUUUAUGUUGACAAAAGAAGUGCAGGUUUUGUGUAUUUGCAGUUUGAAACAGUGGAAGCAGCUAGUGCUGCUCAACGUGCAAUGCACACAAGGUGGUUUGCAGGCAGAAUGAUUUCUGCUAUCUACAUGCAACCUCAGAUAUAUGAAGCCAAGUUCAAAGGGGACACUUGA